AUGACAUCAUUAAAAGAAGAAUUGAACUUAAUACACGAUACCAUACGAGAAAACAAAAUUCAAUUCCAAAGAAUGGAAGAUCAAAUAGAUAACUUAAAACUGCAUAUUGAUAAUUUAAAACUUCAAAAAGAUCUGAUGCAAUAUAAAAUGGAUACUUUGUAUGUCCUGCCAGAAGGAUAUGGAUUAUAUUUUCAAUAUUUUCCACACCAGCAAGCCCCUACAAUGCUUGCUUAUCGACUUCCAACUGAAGAUGGUGUGUACGGACCGCCAUCUGGAGUCGUGGAUCACGGCUUGCAGGCAUUUCAGCAUCAGCCACAAGCAGAAACGGACGAAAGUGAACCUCUCGAAGAAUUUCCUGCAUUUCGGAUGGAAACACACCAAUCGGAAUAUUCUUCUGUAGCAGAAACGUUGCUACAUCCGGGGCAACCAAAUGUGUUGCAAAAUAACCCGGAACCGGAACAAAACACCCAGAAAGAAGUAACAAAUACGGAAGCCGACGUGCUUUCCUCAUUCGAAACUUGUGAAGUUGUAUCAGAUCCAAACUUUAAUGUUUCUGAUCCUGAAACUGCUGUUGGUGACACAAACCAACCGUCCCCAAUUAAUCUCGAUGGCAUCAGCGCUGAAGAUUCAGCGAAAAUAACUAAACAAGAAAUGAUCUCUAAUAUUACAGAGACUGACAAUGACGACUCAGAUGAUAUGGAAUUAUUUUCACUCGAAGAUGCUUAUGUUCCAUUGACUCCAAGACAAAUUUUGGUAUUGGAAAACGAAGAUCACAGAACACUAAAACAGNACUUAAACAGAUCAUACAUUUUAUGA